GCGGGACCGUGACGUCCUUGGCGUGGCUGCAGCGGAGGCCGCGGCCGGGAAAAUGGCGGACCGAAAGGCGGGAGAGGAGAAGCCUGAGAAGUCCAAGCGAGCUGGAGCCGCCGGAGUUAAUUCAUGGGAGCCUCUUCUACUGCCACACAAUCUCAGUUCCUGCUAUAUACUCUAACAAACAGUGGAAGAGACUGUUGGGGCAAUAGGUGACAACUGCAGAGGUAUCUUCCUUAUAACGAUGCUUUUUGAGGUUGCUGCUCCCAUCAAUCUGCUCAGUAAAAAUAGCUCAUCUUGUAAUGGAGGGGAAAGUUCCAGUCGCAGCGCUGAGAAGCGAUCAGCUGAAGAAGAAGCUGCAGACCUCCCAACAAAGCCUACAAAGAUCUCCAAGUUUGGAUUUGCCAUAGGUAGUCAGACAGCAAAGAAAGCAUCAGCUAUAUCCAUCAAACUUGGAUCAAGUAAGCCUAAAGAAACUGUUCCAACUCUUGCUCCAAAAACCCUUUCAGUAGCAGCAGCUUUUAAUGAAGAUGAAGAUAGUGAACCUGAGGAAAUGCCUCCAGAAGCAAAGAUGAGGAUGAAGAAUAUUGGAAGGGAUACACCAACAUCAGCUGGACCAAACUCUUUCAAUAAAGGAAAGCAUGGGUUUUCUGAUAACCAGAAGCUAUGGGAACGGAAUAUAAAAUCUCAUCUUGGAAAUGUCCACGACCAAGACAAUUAAACGAUGUGUUUUGAAUUAGGGUGUGGGGUGGGUGUAAAGUUAAAAGGAACAGUUUCCUUUUUUUAAAAAACGGUAUAAGACUAUCUUUGGAGCCGCUUUUGCUUUUGCUUUUUCAUUUUUUUUUUUUUUAAGAUUGAGUGGUACACUAAUAAGUGAGAGUUUGAAAUUAGAGGUAAUUUAUGUUUUAUAUACAGAUUUCAAGACAUUUGCUAAUUUUGUAGUUUCAUGUGAUUAGUUUCCAAAGGUUACAGAUAAUAAAGAAAUCAGAGGUGGUACCUUUUUAAGAACUGCAUAUUUUUUUAGACACAAUUAUUAGCACAUGAAGAGGGAAGCAAAAAGUUACUAUUUAAAACUGCAAGCAGUUACUCCUAAAUUAACUCCCUCAUUACCUAAAAUGUCUGGCUCCCAGGAACACCCUUAUAGAGAGAAAGCGGGAGUAUCACAUUGAAAAGAAAAUGUUGCAGAACUAUUGACUGAAAGUAAAUUUAGAUAAAAUUAAAAGGAUUUUUUUCCUUAUGGGCAUUUGUUUUGUUUCAAGUCGUCAUAUAUUAGAUAUUGCAUUGCUAUCAGUGGAUACAAAUGCUUAGCUCUUUUACAAAAAAAAUUUUUUUUUUAAAUUUUUAUGUGAAGUAUUGAGUAUUUGAAAUAGCCCAUUUCACCUUAAUAGUCUUGUCUGUCUUCAUUAGUCUUCAAAGAACAGCCAUUUGCUACCAAAGUAAAUCAGUAUUUUGAAUGUGCUUCUCUUGAUUUUUAUUAGCUAGUUCCUGUAAGCAUUUCCACCAGAACUUGAGGCAAAUUAUAAGGAAGCUGUUUCUUUUAAAAUACGGACCACCACCAAAAAUUCAAAUGUACAUACUGCUUAAGUAUUUGGCUGGUUUUCAUUUUUUAAAAGGUAUAAACACCAAAAAAACAACAACAACAACAACAACAAAAAAAAUUUAACAUUGUAUGAAGUUGGAAAACAAUAAGAUGCAUUUUCUGUAACUUUGUCUAUGCAUUUAUGUUACUAAGUUGUUAAAUUCAAUUUGAAUUGCAUUCAUUACAGAAUUUAUUAGAACAGUCAAUAUGGUGUAAGUAUAUACAUCCUGACCAGUGGCCUUUCAAAAGCAUAUUGUAGGCACUGAAAAUAAAAUGAAAGAAAAUGCAUCUUCAAACAUUUUAUGGAAUUGCUCAUCACAUAAUAUGCUUAAAUUUGUGUAUUGUAGGCUGUUUGUAUUUUUCUAUUGUAUAUGGACUUUUUAAUGUGACAGUUAAACACUUCUUUAAAAGCAUAGUCACAAACAAAAGAAAAAUGAUAGAAUGAUUUCCCUCAGAAUUCCUACAAUGUUAAAUUUCAAGGCAGCUUCAGACUAUUUUUUUGGUGGUCGUUACUUGCUGAUCUUUUUUAAUAGGUAGUAACUCCAGAGAAGAAACUUGUGCAUAUGCCUAAUAAGUUGUUCUUUUACAUUAAAGUUUAGAUUAAGCCCCAAGUAAAACAAUGGAAAUGUAUAUAGAACUGUUAGUUCUUACACAAUUUAAUUAUAUCAAGAUACAUGAAUUUAACUUACUUUUAUCUAGGCAAACUUACUCAUUUUUGUCCAUUUUACUGUUUGUUAAAAUAACAUGCCUCUCCUACGUACUCUCUUCUUGACCCAAAUGAAAUAAUCAUCUAAGGUCAAGAUGAAGAGAGAGAAAUGACUGAGAUGAAUGUCUUUACUAAAAUAACCAAUAAAUUUUGUCAAACUCCA